AUGCAGUUGCACCAAAACAGAAAGAGCUUCUUCAAUAUGUUGAAGGGUUUUGCAAGAGAGCAUAUUGGAGCUAAAACUGAGUACGAUUUUGGAAGGGUGAGAGUUCACGGUGAAAGAUCACUUGGAAACAAUAGAAGGGCACGUUUCAAUGCAUUAUAUCAAGUUCCAGAAUAUUGUGACAUCAACAAAAUUAAGGGGAAGUUUGAUGGCAAAACUGUCAUCAUUACAAUUCCAACGAUUCCAGGGAAAGUCCCUAAGAAAGAAACACAACCAACUGAACAAGAACCACCCAAAGAACCAUCACAAGAAGCAGAAUCAAAUCCAGAGGAAGAAAAAGAAGGUACUCCUCCUUCAGAUGAUAAUCAAGAAAGUAAAGAAGAGGCUGGCCAUGCGACUUCAACUUCAAACCCACCAAAUGCCUCACAAGAAGAGUCUAUGGAUCAAAAGGGUCAAGAGGGAAUUCCCCAAAAAGCUACACUUAACAAAGUUGAAAGUGAAAAACAUGUUGGUCAAGAGGCUUCUUCAACUUCAACGCCACCAAAAGACACACAAGAGUCUAAGGCUCAAAAGGGUCAAGAAGGAAUUCCCACAAAAGUUGAUAGUAAAACACAAGUUGCUCACGAGGCUUCUUCAACUUCAACCCCACCACAAGACACGCAAGAGUCUUGCCUCAAAAGGGGUCAAGAAGCAAUUCCCCCAAAUGCUACACCAACAACAAAUGCCAAGCUUCAAGGAGAGGAAAAGUUUGAAGGGGAAAUUGAUGAAAAUGUGGAAAAGCAAAAGGUUCUUGGAAAGGAAGAAACUAAAGACCAUUCCGAGAAGCCUUUGGAAUCAGGAAAGCCACCUGAGAAGGUUGUGGUGGAUGAUUCCCCCAAAAAAGAAGGCAAAGAAGAAAGUAAAGGGUUGGCCGCAUUUGAAGGAGAGAAGCGAAGGGAAAUAAAUGGGAAAAUUAGCAAUGAUGUUGGAAGAAAGAGUGAUAAGAAGGCCAAGCCUGACUCAACAAUAAGGGCAACAAUUAAGGAAGUGGCUGCUUCUGCUUCUCAAGCUAUGACUAGUCUAGCAAAGAAGUUCAAUGAAGAAGAUAAACAAAGGAUAGCAUACAUGGGUACAGCAGUUCUUGCGGUGGCACUAGGAGUUUAUGCUACCUACAAGCUUCGUUCACGUGUACCAUAG